AUGAAUUUUCGAGUAUUAAUCAGAGACCUGCUAAAUAAGGACAAAAUGUUUUGGCCACCAUUAAUUGGAUGCGCAUUGAUUCACUGGUCUCUGGGCUUUGCAAGUACAUUUGGAAAUACCGUUCCGUAUAUUGCAAGCUAUAUGUCGCUCAAAGGCAAGCAUAACUUACGCAUUGGAAUGAUUUGUUGGAUUGAUUGUUUUUUUGUAUUGUUCCAAGGUGGAGCAAACUAUUUCUGCCCAAAUAUUGAAUGUAUUAUUGGAAUUCCUUAUUGCUUAAUCAUUGGGGUUUUUUCAUGUAAUGCUGGAUUAUUAAUUUCAUAUUUGUUCUUAGAAAACUAUUUAAUUUACUUAUUUGGAUAUUCCAUAUUAUACGCAAUUGGGAAUGGGUUACUUUUUGCGUCCACAAUUGAAUUCUUGGUUAAUCAAUACUCAAAAAAUUCUCGUUCAAACAUAAUUGGGUUACUUUGGCUACUUAGAGGGGCAUCAAUGUCAAUAAUACCUUCUAUUCAGUCUUCGUUUGUUAAUCCAAAUAAUUUGAAUAAUUAUUAUAUAUUUAAUGGUAAGAAAAUGUUUAAUAGUUUAGUUAUUUUGGAAAAAGUUCCAAAAUUACUAAAGUUAACUUUUAUAUUUUCAGCAAUAUUCCAAAUUUUAGGUGUUAUAAUUUUAAUCGUUAUGCAAAAAAAAAAUCUUAAAAUAAUAGAAAAAGAAAAGAACGUUUUAAAUAGGAGAUAUUUUUUUACAAAUCAAAACUAUAUCUCCGAACCAUUUAUUCUACUUUGGUUAAUUACUUUUCUAACAUGGCCGUGCAUCGAAUAUAUUCAAUUAUUUUGGAAAAUUCAUGGGAUGGUAAACACUGGUCUUGGGGAUUUACAGCUAACAAGAAUUUCUUGUAUUGUAAUGGUUUUACAGACACUACUUAGAGUAUUUUGGGGAGUUUUUGGCCAACUAGCAGGUUAUUUUAAUUGUAUUUGUAUUUUGUCAAUUAUUUUGGUUAUUGGAAUAGUACUUUUAAUGUUCCCCAUUAUUGAAAGCAUAUCUAUUUUCCAGUAUAUUUUGGGAUAUCUACUUGUUUCUAUUGCUCAUUCUGGGAAUUCAGCCAUUUACCCAACAACAAUUAUAAAACACUAUAGUCAAUCAAAACAUACGGAAUUAUUCAUUUAUUUAUUUUCUGCUAAAGUAACUUCUUGCAUAUUUUUUUGUAUUUUCACAGAUUUAACUACUCACUUUUUAAACAUAAAUUAUUCACUGGUUCCAUUAUUAAUAUUUUCUUUGGGAUCAUUCUUUUUAUCCUUCAUUUUAAGGGACAUAAAAAAAAAUCAUAUAUCAAAAAAGAAUAGUAAAAAGAAAUACAUUAAUAUUUAA